AUGUCAAACCUUAGAUACACCACCCCCGCCGGACACGGACAGGACAACCUGGAGCGCUACAAGUAUAACCAAGUCGUUCGUGUUGGUGACGUCAUUCACAUCUCAGGCCAAGGUGGCUGGAAAUACGAGACCGGGGUGAUAUUUGAGGAUAUCGACGAACAAAUCGACCAGGCCUUUGCUAACGUCGACCACAUCCUCAAGGAGGCCGGCGGCAAGGGCUGGGAGCAGGUGUUCAGAGUCAAUUCUUACCACAUCCCGCUGGAUGAUCGGGCAAUGAAUGCUAUGAUUCGAAAUUUCGAGAAAUGGAUGCCCAACCACAAGUCUCUCUGGACAUGCGUUGGAGUCGUCAAGCUUGGCGGCGGUGAUGUGAUGAGGGUGGAGAUUGAAGUGCAAGCUUAUGAUCCCCAAGGCUCCAAGUGA